CUAGGGUGCUGCCUGAAACCGCUGUUUGUCCGCAAGCAGACGAGACCUUCUCUGGCGUGGAAUGGACCAGCUUGACCGUGAGCUCGAGAGGUGCACUGAGGCUUCAUGUGGAGACCGGCCGCAGGUACGAAUGACACAGGCCGCAACGAGAUGUAUGGUUGCUCAUCUGCUGUGCUGUGCUGUGUUGUGCUGUGUUGUGCUGUGCUGUGUCAGGUUGCCCGUCCUGCGGGCGCCCCGCCUCCUCCGCCAGACCGCAAUGAAAUCGGACAAGCCGGAUGGCAUUUCGUAAGUAAAACAGCCAGACAGCCAGACAGCCAGACAGCCAGACAGACAGACAGAAAGGCAGGCAUCGCAUCGGGCACACACGCACAGACCAGACUGCUCACGACAGACUGCUCGUGCAUGUGUUCCUUGCUGUGCUGCUCGUCCUGUGUGCAGCUGCACACGCUGGCGGCGCGUCACCCGGCGGCGCCGAGUGACGAGGAGCGGCUGGUGUCCAAGGCGUGGAUGUGGGCCUUCACAAGGCUGUACCCCUGCCACAUCUGCCGACUGGGGUUCGAAAAGAUACUCAAAGACUCACAACCAAGGUAGGUUGAUUUGUGUGUUGGCGGGCAGAUGCCCUGACAUCACAUCACAUCUACAGCUUUUAUGUGUUGCGCGCGCGCGUGUGUGUGUGCGUGCAGGACGGAGAGCCGUGAUUCGUAUGCGAUGUGGAUGUGUGAGGUGCACAACGCCGUUAACGAAGACAUCGGCGCGCCGACGAGGCCGUGUGUGCUGGAGGAGCUCCUCAAGAUGGGCAUCACCAGCACAUGACAUGACAUGAGUGGGUGCGUGUCGUUGCGGGCGUGACUGACUAUGUAUGUUGACGACAGGCCUGCAGCGGAUACAAAAGAUACAUGGGCGUGUCUGUCGUGUGCAGCCAGGAGUGUACAGAGGGUGCGGUGCGUGAGUGGAUGCAUGGGAUGCCUGUUCCUCUUUCAGCUGACUGACUGAGGCGAUUUGCGAUGAAGUCAGUGCCAUGCCGGUGUCGUUCUGAUAUAAUAUGACUGUCUACAUCCACUCCAUCUCGCGUAAGUAUCAAUCAUGUGCAAGCGACAGCGCGUGGGGCAAGAUAGAUCGAUGCAGACAGCCAUCGUUCGGAGCGGAGGCACACGAGGGUGAGAGGCAGUUUGUUGUGUGCGAGGUUAGUCUGUGAGGUUAGUCUGUUCGUGGAAUUGUCUUCGUGUCGUGGACGCUGGAUCGAGAAACACUGGGUGACGUUCGAACACCAGCGCGCAGGUGACGUGUUGCUGUCCGUUCCCCAGCUGUCCUCCAUCCAGCGCGCAGCACGGAAAUGACAUACAGUGAGAGGCUCCGUACAAAGAUGAAGCUGACCCUUUCAGUUGCCAUUAAAACGGUCAUCAGACUCCGGCGAGGUGGGGGGGGAAACUGUCAUUAACCGUAACACUCGUCUGUGUUUCCGUGAUACUCAUACAAAUACAGUCCCAUCAGCACGCAGAGUC